ACCUGCAUCUGUAAAGGCCCUGCUGGCAACCAGAGCCCUAAAGAAAGAAGGGAAACCCUUAUCUUUUAUGCUUGCUUGGACCACGGUCUCGCACUCUUCCCUAUAUGCCACAUAAAUGAGGAAGAGCAAGACAACGGGAGGAAGAGAGAGGACGGAGUACUACCGGAGCGGCAGCGAGCUCUUCCUUAGCUUCGCCUCCCGGUCCACCUCUUUCGCAGCUUCCGCCUCCGUCACCGCCAUGAGAGGCACCUCCUCCAAGUCCCUGCUCAGCCCCGGGCGGGGCCGGGACCCGACGGCGCCAACGUUGUCCGCGUCGCUGAGCAAGCGCCUGAGGAGCAGCGGGAGCCUCAAGGGCGGCCAGUCUCCGAUGUUCCCGGCCGUGGCAGCCGCCGGCAGCGGCGGCGGCGGGGCGAGGAGGAAGGGAUGUGCAUUCGAGGUGGCGGAGCCGUCCUCCCCCAAGGUGACGUGCAUCGGCCAGGUGAGGGUGAAGAGCAAGAAGAAGAAGGCCCAGGCAAAAGCCGCGGCGAUGGCGAGGUCGAGGUCGAAGAGGGGAAGCGGAAAAGAGGCGAGAUUCGGGAGGACAGAUGAAGACUGCUGGCCGAGAAAGAACCAGAGAUGGGUGUAUCAGCUCCCGGGGAGCAUCUGCGAGGGGUUGCGGGCUUUCGGGACGGAGUUCAAUUGCUUCCUCCCCUGCGGAAGCUCUCCCUGCUCUUCCUCGAGAACAGGGGAAGAGAAGAGAGGAGAAUGCGAAGAGAAGAGGAAUACGAGCUCUUGUGGGCAUGUGCUUGCAAGGUUUUUGAUGGCGAUGCAGGAGGGGGAGGAGCGGAAGAGGGGUGAGGUGGUGGGUUUAGUGAUCGAAGAAAGGGGAAAAAGAGAGCUGGAUUUGGUGAUUGGAGAGAGGGAGAAGAGGGAAGUGGAUGGGGCGGAGAAAAAAGAAGAGGUCUUGGCGGUGGGGGAUGAGGAGGAGGCGAGGGUGACUGCGUGCAUUCCGCCGAGGAAUGCUUUGCUGCUGAUGAGGUGCAGGUCCGAUCCGGUUCGAAUGGCGGCAUUGGCUAACCGGUUUUGGGGUUCUCCAGCUACCAAGGUCGAAGUCGAAGAAGAGGAGGAGGAGGGGGAAGAAGCUGAUAUUGAAGUUGGGCAGCAUCUCUUCGGUCUUGUAGAAGCGGAUAGAGAAAAGGUUGGAGCAGAGCGAGAUGAAGCAGCCACUGCUGCUGCUGCUAAAGUGAGUCCAGAAACAGGAGUAGUAGAUAAAGAGGGGACACAAGAAGAGAAAAACUCUCAAGGUGUGAUUUUGUGUGUAGCUCUUGAAGAAAUGGGAAGUUCGGCAGAGGAGAAGAAACAGAGGUCAAGUGAAGAGAGGCAAGAUGGGAAUGAGAAUGGAAGAAAGAGUCGAAAGGAAGGGUCUUCAGCUGACUGUGUUGAAGUGCAGAGGAACCCAUCAAGAGAUGUGGAGAAUGCUCCGUUGUUGAAGAAAUCAGAGGAGACGCAAAUGCUUGAAAGAGAAGAAGAAAAAGAAAGGGAUGAGGAGAAAGGCAGAAGGUCCAGCAGCUGCUCUUCUUCCAUGGGCAAGGAAGAGAGGAGAUCCGACAACCACAAAUGCCUUUCUAAAGCAAAGGAAAGAGGAAGGAGGCGCAGCUCCUCUUCGAGAAACAAGGAAAAGAGGCGGCACAGCUUUUCCACAGCGAGGGACGCGAGGAGGCACAGCUUCUCCCAGGAGAGAGAAGCCAGAAGAGCCAGCUUCUCCAUCGAAGGUAAGCGAAGAUGGAGCUUCUCCGUUGAUAAAGAAGACCUCAUACCAGAAGAAGAGAAUGCGCUCCAUGAAGAGGAGGAGGAGAAGAAAAAAGAGGAUAGCUCAGUGGUGGGAGAGGAAGCGAGAGAAGCCGAGGCAGUAGAAAAGCCAAAGGCCACAGAAGAAGAAGAAAUCGAACUAAAUGUAGGAGGAAGAAGAGUAGAGGAGAAUGGCAAGGUAGAGGAAGGGGUUAAAGGGGAUGAGGAGGAGAGAAGAGAGCUGCCGGACUGCCUUCUACUAAUGAUGUAUGAGCCGAAGCUUUCAAUGGAGGUUUCCAAGGAGACGUGGGUCUGCAGCACCGACUUCCUCCGUUGGCGCCCCCACCACCACCUCCCCAAAGAUAGCGGAGGCGACGGCGCCGGCUGCUGCGGAAGAGGAGGCGGCGAAGGAGAGAGAGCGAAGACCGAAAGGGUGGAGGGCGGUGAGAAUAAGGAGGUGAUGGCACCCGCUAAGCCGGCUUUCCUCCAGGCCGCGCCGCCUCCUCCGCCACCGGUGCCGCCCACCGCGUCGGCCAUCGAGCAGAAGCUAAUGAGCGUGGCCGACCCCGCCGGGCCGAAGCCGCCGCCGCCGCCGGCGGCAGCGUUGGCGUACGGGCCGUUCGUGCUGACGCGGUGCAAGUCGGAGCCGAUUAAGUCGUCGGUGAGACUGGCGCCGGAUGCGUGCUUCUGGAAGGACGGGCAUCGGCCCAUCGGCGCGGCCGGGAUCGGCUUCUGAGCCGAGUUGCCAAGCCACUGGAUAUUUUCUUGGUAUUGUGCGUGUAUGAAACCAUGUUGUCGUUACUUUAAUCGUGUGAUGCUAUGAAUCAGCUUCCUAUGUUGCUGCUCUUUCGUACAAUACUUUUAAUAGCCAUAACCUUUUCCUUGUUACUGGAAAUCCUGCGUAGUUGAAGCUUUGUUUUAGGUUUUCAUGAUCAUUGUUUACGCGGAAAAGAUGAAGGAAAAGUAAGGAAAACAAGUUACAUUUUGGCAA